AGCUGCUGUUAUUCUUUGGAUGGUCAGAGCAGCAGUCUAGUAAGAUUAUUCGAUUUAUUCCACAUGUACAAUUAUAUUUGAGCCUUACCAUGGCCUUUCUUGUUCUUCGUUAUGUUAAAAUUCAUAGUGACAGUAUCGUUGCUGUAACCAGAAGUCUGAGUGUUAUGACUGGUUUAUUCACUAUAGCUCUUAAGAUGAAAUCUAUAACAAUCCUAAGAGCAAUUCGAAUUCUCGCCUACGUUUUAACAAAAGUUAUUCAAACCUAUAUGUAUUCAUGGUGCGGAACACAUUUAACAAUGGAGAGCGAAGAAUAUAGAAAUGCUAUUUAUAGUGCCGAUUGGUAUGGAGAAAAACGUUUUAUGACAGCCAUCAUAAUCAUGCUUAAACAAAGACCAUUAAUAUUGUCAGCAUGUCACUUUUCAACCGUUUCCGUCGAUAUUUUUAUGAAGAUAUUAAAUACAACAGUGUCAUAUUAUUUUCUUAUAAAAACGUUGGAAGCUUAA